AAUGUCACUCACUGCCAGUUAUUAGUUAUUGUUAGUUGUUUCUAUACAUUCUAGUCAAAUUUUACCAUUUUAAUAAAAAUGAGUGAUUCAAGCAGUGAUGAAAAUGAACCAACUCACGUUUUAUAUAGAGAUAGACCGGAUUGGAAAGAUGUAACCCCUGUAAAACAAAAUGAUGCUGGUGAACCAGUUGUAGCCAUUGAUUAUACUGAGUCUUUUGUGGAUUGUUACGACUAUUUUCGCGCAAUUGUACAAAACAAAGAAAUAUCAGAGAGAGCACUUGAAUUAACUACAACCGCUGCAAGUUUAAAUCCUGCAAAUUAUACUGUAUGGCAAUACAGGCGUGAUAUUCUCAAAGGAUUAAAUAAAGAUCUUCACGAGGAAUUAGAUUAUAUUGAAAAAGUAAUUUUUAGACAAUCUAAAAAUUAUCAAGUUUGGCACCAUAGGAAACUUCUCGUGGAAUUACUGCAGGAUCCUACAAAAGAAAAACAAUUUACAGAGGCUGUUCUUGUUAAGGAUGCUAAAAAUUAUCAUGCUUGGCAGCACAGGCAGUGGGUUAUUAAGACAUUCAAGCUUUUUGAUGGGGAACUAGAUUAUGUUGAUGAUUUAAUAAAUGAUGAUAUUAGGAAUAAUUCUGCCUGGAACCAAAGAUAUUUUGUUAUUAAUAAUACUACAGGAUUCACAGAAGAGGUUCUUGAAAGAGAAAUUGAAUACACAUUGCAGAACAUAAGACUUGUUACUGAAAAUGAAAGUGCAUGGAAUUAUUUAAGAGGGUUGUUACUUCACGACAAAGCUGGAUUAAGCAACAACAAGAAAGUCACCGAAUUUUGUAACAGUCUGUAUGAAUCUGGCAAUAGAUCACCCUUUUUGCUAGCUAUAAUUGUAGACAUGUGUUAUGAACAAAUCACUGAAGGUUCUGGAGAUUCCGAGUACACGUUAGAAAGAGCAAAACAACUUUGUGAAGACCUAAUCAACAAGUAUGAUAAAAUUAGAGCCAACUAUUGGCAACAUAUGUUGGACACGCUUCAAAGUUCUAGUAAAUCUGACGAGGCUUCGGGUACUACCAGCAAUUAAGCAUUGAAAAUUUUGUUAUUUUCAUUUGGACGAUUGAGUUUUUGGCUACGGAGGUAUAUUUAUUUCGGGGUUGUGAUAUAUAAAUAUACAGUAUAUACGUUUAUAUAGAAAAUGGGAAUGUGAUUUUAUUAAUUUACCAAAAAAUUAAUUAUUAUAAUUUAAUCCUUUAUUGCAUGUUAUAUGUUCUUUUAAAACAAAUUUUAAUUAACCACUACAAUUAAUUAACCAUUUCAGGUUAUCAAUUUUGACAUUUCUUUGCACAUAUUUUUAAAGAACCUAUAUAUGGGUUCCGAAAAGUCACUAAUUUCUGAGACAUGUUCUGGAACAUCGUUUAUCCAAUUAACUAUAAAACAACCACCUACAUCGUUGGCUACCAGUUGUUUAACAAUAAAAUGACACCUCAGUUGUGUUACUACGAACAGACACUUGAGAUGCCAAAUUUAUUGCUAGGGCUUUGGCUAGUACUCUUUUAGGUGUAGUAGGUUCUUACCUUAAUGCCAGUUGUACAAUGAUAAAUUUGGGAGGCACGAAUAAAAACAUAAUACAAUUUAAAUAGUAAUCAUCAAAGAACCAAACGGAUGUAAAAUAGGAAUCGAUGGCAUCAGUAUUGAACAAGUAAUUGAAAUAAAAUAACUUGGAAUUACACUGUCCACCUAUGGAGACCUGGACAAAGAAGUUAGAGAUCAAGUACAAACUGGCAGGGUGACUUAAUAACACUAUAUGGCGAAACUAACAUAUUACUAUGAAGAUAAAGUCAAGAAUUUAUAGAAUCAAUGUAAGACCAUGCACAAGAACUAAGACCUGACACAAAGGCUACUGGAAACGACAGGGAUGAGAUUACUGAGAAAAGUUACAGGUUUGAGAUCGAAAGAAGAGUGAAGACAUUAGAAGAAAAUGUAACGUACAGUCGAAUGGACACUAAAGAGAAAAAUAAUGGAAUAUCCACAUAAGCAGAAAGGUGUCAAUCCGUCAAUGAACAAUCAGAUUGGCUUAGAACGAUGAAGAAGAAGAGUUCUUUCAUUAAUGAUCCCAUGCCGUACCAAGCCUAAAAUGACUAUGAUUUCGCCAGCUAUCUUAGGUAUCACUUAAGUAGAUCUUUCCCUCCUGUAUCGUACAUCUACUGAGAGCUCGGUGAUGCUAUAGCUGCACCUACUAUUAGUAGUGUCAAUAAUUAUCCUCUUGGAUGUCAUUUGUUAGCGUUUUGCGCUCAUGUAAGUUUCAACUACACUACAAAUAAGUAAGGCAAUACACCUUGACCCUAGUUUUUGCCUAAUUAACACAGGUUGGUAGCUGAUAACACCAGUUCUAUCUCAGAAAUUUCUUCAUGAAUAAAUUCAUAAAGAACGACCAACAAUUUUACCUUACAUCUAUUUAAUUUGAGCUUGAAGUUAGUUUAAGUGUAUUAUUUUGUGGUAAAUCCCGUUCAACAUGGGAUGCAAUAAAGGGUUAAGGAGUAUUUAUGAAUAUUAAUGUUUUGGAAUUUUCCUAUAAGUUCCAUUGCACAUCAUCGAUGAGCUAGUUAAAUUCUUCUACAUAAAGUGUUGUUUUAGUUUUAUUAAAUAUUUCAUAUUGUUGUAAUAAGUAAACAAUUAUUUUUUCAAUUGGGAACAUUGGUUAAAAAAAUUAUACACUACGCAUAUGCAUGUCGUUGACAGCAGCUAUCAUGGAGGAUAUCAUUUAAAAUUGGUGUCAAAACAUCAGGUUUUUGAAUGAGAAAUAUAGAAAAACUAGUUUUGCUCUUGGAUCUCCUCAUACGAGGUCUGGCUAUUAAACAACGAGACUGAUUAUGAAAAAGAGUUUUAUUUUAAAAAUUAUUCUACAAUCGAAUGCUCCCCUUCCCUUGUCAGGCACCGUUCCAUUCGUUUUUUCCAUUGGUCAAAGCAAUGCUGGAAGUCUUCUUUUGUAAGAGCAUUUAGGAGCUCCGCCGAUUUUCGCUUCACCUCUUCCAUCGACUCGAACCGGGUUCCUUUUAAGGCAGACUUGAUCUUCGGAAACAGGAAAAAGUCACAGGGUGCUAAAUCAGGCGAGUACGGCGCGUGUUCGAGCACUGGAGUGCCUCUAGCGGCUAAAUAACGCUUCACAGACAGCGCGUUAUGGGCAGGUGCAUUGUCCUGGUGCAAGAUCCACGAUUUGUUUUUCCACAACUCCGGCCGUUUCUUACGAACUCGCUCUUGGAGCGUUGCCAAAACUUUCAAAUAGUAAGUUUGGUUUACAGUUUGAUCCUCUGGAACCCAAUCAGUCAUCACGAUGCCGUUGAUGUCGAAAAAACGAUUAGCAUGGCUUUAAAUUUUGAUUUCGACAUCCUUGCUUUUUUCAUUCUCGGCGAUGCAGGAGUUUUCCAGUGCAUGUAUUGCCUUGCCGCUUAGUUUCAACAUCGUAUUGGAAUAUUCAGGCUUCAUCGCAAGUGAUGAUGUUUUCCAUCAAUUCAGGCUCUUCAUCUAACCGCUGAAGAAAAUCUGAGCAGAUCUGUUGACGGACGAGCUUUUGGUCAGGGGUCAAAUUUUUUGGGACCAACUUCGCACAGACUGUCUUCAUGUUCAAUUCGUCAUGUAAAAUUUUUCUGACAGUUUCUUUAUUGGCGUUUACAGUCUCAGCAAUCAUCCGAAUACUCAUACGACGAUCUACGCGCACAAUUUCAUUUAUUUUGGUCACUAUUUGCGGAGUUGAAACAGAGACAGGUCGACCUGGACGUUGGUCAUCCUCGGUGCUCUCUCGACCUUCAGAAAACCUUUUAUACCAUUCCAAAACACGCGAACGAGAUAGAGAAUUCUCACCAUAGGCCUCUUUCAACAACUUAUAGCACUCAGUCGGAGUUUUUUUAAUUUAACGAGAAAUUUCACAUUGAUCCGUUGCUCGUGUUUUUCGUCACACAUUGUUAUCGACACGAAAAAAAACACGUUCGUUUUUAACCUCUAUAGAAAAAAUACUACUACAGCGACAAAAACGUGUUUUCGUACUGAAAAACUAGACAAUUCCAGCUAUCCAAUGCUGCGUUAUUUAAUAGCCAGACCUCAUAUUGUGGGAUUUACAGAGUUCUAAUGCAGCAAUUACUUUUCUUAAAAGCGCAGUGUGGUAAAUUUAGAAUCACUUUUCCUCCUUAAUGAGAUUAAACUAGUUAUUGUGUUACGUGUUUACCUUUAUUAAUAUUUGUAAUACUAUAUAUACUACAUAAUGUAGAGACAUUAUAUGAGUCAUAAAUUUCAUGAGGACUAGUUGUAUCAAUGAUGAAAUGCAACGGAAAUUGUAGAAAGAAUAGAUGUUUAUAUUGAUUCAAUCAAAUUUUUAACAGCUAUCUAAUAAAAAUUUGAAAUUUUUGGUAAUUUAUACAAUAUCUCCGUAUACUAAAUAUUCUUUUUAUACUGAUAUAAUUUUCCGUUAGUCACUCGAUUUGAUAUUUAUAUGUAAAUGAUUUGUAAUUUGCGGAAUAUUCACAGCUUCAUGUUCCUAUUAUUUCUGCGUGAAAUCAAAUGCUAAUCAGAUGUACCAAUAAAAAAUACGUUCCUUUAAAACAAUUAUAGACUUACUAAUUUCGUGACGUAGAGUUUGAUGAGGUAUACUAUACAUUGACUAUACUAAGUUGCUAAAUAUUAGGUUUUUGGUAUAUUCUAUAAAGUUUAAAGUUGUAUCGUCUUCUACACACUCCAUUGUCAUUCACUGCUCCCUAGAUUGGCCUCAGUACUUUUAUUUCGAAACAUCCUAACAGGUUUUCAUUAUUUUUUGUUCAGGUCCAGGUCAAUUCUUGUAAUUUAUUUUUCUAUUCUUCUGCUGCAGUUGGAUCAGCUGACAAUUUUUCACCGCACACGCCUAAAAAAUGAACACCGUGGCGUUUUUUCUAGCGUGCCAACCAGCUAUCACUCACAUAAAAUUUUUCUCCACUAUCAAACUUACCAUGUAGUAUCUCAGCCUUUUCUUUUAAAAUCGGGCCACUUAUUACUUUACUCGGUCGUACCUUUACGACCGACGUUCUUGCAUAAACAAUAACCAUAGUGCAUCGUUUACACGUUCAUUAAAACGUUUCUUUAAAGUACACAUAGUCAAGAGGACUUUAUCCUAUAUUUUAGGAUUAUUUGAGUGCAAUAAUCUUUAAUGGUUUUCUUGUUUCGGCGCCAGUCUUUUACGGUUGUCAUUCCUACACCGAAUUCGUCACUAAUCGAUUUUACAUAAUGACCUUUUUCAAGCCACUCUAUAACAUUUAACUUGUCUUUAAUUGACACUACAACACGUUUUCGUUUAAUUCGACUGAUUUCGAAAAGUUUACUGUGUACAUAACAACAGUAUAUACAUAUGUAUAGUUAAGUUUGUAACUUACACAAAAAUAAACUACGACGUUUAGACUCACCGGCAGCGAGAGAUCGACUAAACUAGUCAGUGGCUAACGUACAUGUGGUCGUACGUUACGGUGCGAACGGAAAUAAAAUCUAAUCUAAAAAUAGUGUUAUCCAACAGGAGUAGGGUCGGUGGGUUAAGCCGGCGGUCGGUUAAUAGGGUGUCUACUGUACUUGAAUCACCAAUCGGAAAAAUCAACUAAAAAAGGUCACAACAUACAGUUGAACCCUCUGUUCUUCGGUAAGGAGUGGAAUCGUGAAAGUGGCGGCUAUAGCUUAGUAGCUAUGGAUGCGUAGUAUGAUACUGCCAAGCCGGACAGUCUGGGUUCGAAUCCCAGCAGUGAUACGGGUGGUCUCGGGUACGUAAGUAGCCAUUAACACCAAAAAUUUGAGCCGGAAGGUUAUACGAAUGGCUUUCGAAAAUGAAAUCGCCAAACUCAAUCAUUAAAGCCGCACCGAUGUACCUCGGUGAGAUUAGUAAAAAAAGUUUAGGAAAUUGAAAGUAUUUUUUAUUGUUAUAUUCUGUUUUACUAUUUCUGUUAGUAGAAAGUGAUCGUCUUGUAAUAUUUACAUGAAAGUUUAUGUACUUAGAUAUACAGAAUAUCCCUAUUACUCUACAUUCCAUACGACGAACUAUGUAAUGUGAGAUUUUCUCAUCACUAGAAUGAAUAAAAUAUUUGUUAUUGGGGUAACAUUGCCUGGAUUACGAGAGUUGGCAUGUAAAUAACGAUUGGUUUGGGUAGGUUUCGAUAAAGGAGUAAUGAAAACCUUGGGAUUGGUAUUUCUUUAUGAUAACGUCGAAAAACGGUACGGAUGAAUCAGUUUUAAGUCCAUCGUGAACUGGAUACUAGGACCAUUGAUAUUAUUACUGGAGAUAGUCAGAAGAAAUUUGCGAGUAAGAGACAAGAUAUAUUUUCUAGGGUCUGCGUUGAAACUUACUGCUGUACGAAUGACUUUCUUAAUAAAUCAACCUAAUAAAGUAAGCGUGCAACUUUAGGAAAUGUCUUUAGAAAGGUUAUCAACCGUUCUGAAACUCCUAUUCGAUACAACACGUGUUACAAUUAUUCCGAUCAUUGGUUGAUAACAAGUAUAAAAAUGUGACAUUACCAGAAAAUACGAAGGAAAGAAAUAUUCAUAUAUAUGAAGGAAUGGGAUAAACAUAUACAGGUUAACAUAAUAAUUUUUUAACUUAUAAAUUUUACAAAACAAAUGUAAUUAUCAUUAUAAUCAAUUGUGAUUUUAUUGAGUUUAUCGAAAGUACAAGCUGAGUAUAGCCGCAAAUGUCAAAAAUAUUUGGGUUUGGUAGUGUUGGGAUGUUUUUAUAAUGCAUAUGUUAUAUUCUUCAAAUAUAAAGAGAGAGAGCUUUUAAAAAGUACAUAUCGAUUACACUAUUUUAUGAAUUCUGCAAUUUUUAAUUUAUAUUAAACAAUAACGCGUAAAUAUUUGUUUCUUUCGAGAUUAAUUGUAAAUAUCUGUUGUAAUCUGACAACUGCGGAUUUGACGAUUGCCAAAUCUAUCCCGUA